UUUUUUCCUCCGAAAACUGCGAAUGGCGUUGCAAAUCUCUUCUCCAAACUUGAUCGCUUCCGUGAAGGUAAUCCGAUGUUUGUGGAUGUCACCUGGCAUUUUGGAUCAGAUCCUGGUAACAUCAACAAGGAGACGUCGUCAUCGUCCAUAGCGGCCGGCUGUCUCGAUUAUUGUGGCGUGGAUACCAUGCUGCACAUAACCUGUGCGCAGUAUACAAAGGAACAGUCGAUCAGACACUUAGAACAGAGCAAAGCACUUGGUUUGAAGAAUAUCUUGGCUCUUCGCGGUGAUCUGCCCCAACAGGUGGCGAUUUUUAUGCGUUUUUGCCGUGCAGCGCUAGAGCGCUGCAUCAGGCAGCAAAAACGCAUAUUGCAACGACCCUGUCUGUGUGUGUAUGUAUGCUUGUGUGUGUGUGUGUGUUCGUCCGUCCGGGUAUUUCAACUCGUUAACCACGCAAGCUUUGAAGCUGAAAUUUUGCCAGUGUGUUCCCCAGUCAGGUACCACCCCAGGAACGCAGUUUCAACCCUCACGCACGUCUGGGCCCCGCGUACGGACAUGUGAAA